GAGUCGCAGCUUAAACUACAGCAGGAGGAAUCCAAGAGUUCUCUUGAACGAACAAGGCAAGAGAUGGCAAAAAUCUUUAAAAGGCAACAGGCCCUGGAACUCGAAAACAAAAAACUUCAAGAGAAAGCAGUCGAUUUCAGGAAAGGGUUAAACGAUCUGGAAUCAAUUUCAGAUGAAGAAUACUUGGAACUGAAAGCUAAAGACCCUGACCAACUGGGCUUGAGGGAAUUUUUGAUGGUUAGUCUAACUACUGCAUUAUUCUUUAAAGAAUAAUGAGUGGUGAAUUCAUUUAGGUUGUUAUGAAGUUUCUGUCAGCUCAGCUUUCUUGCAUUUAUUUUGAUAUUUAUAAAAUAUUUUGAAAGCAAUUUUAUCCAUUCAAAGAAAUUUUAAUCUGACCGAAAAACGGAGAAGUUGUAGCCAAAAAUUCACUUCACAUUCAUGCAGGAAUGCAGAUUUGAAUUUAAUACUGUUUGCUGCUGGGACAAAUGAAUUCAUUCAAUUCAACUGUCAAAAUACUUAACUACAGAUGACAUUAUGGACCGACUCAACCUCUCCUUAACUUUGACGUACUUUCAGUACCGUGUAACUGUUUGUAGUGUUUGCCAUGGUACAACUAUGGGUUCUCCAGUUUCUGUUGUUAUAGCAGAAAUUGUUAUGCAAAACAUUGAGAAACAAGCCCUAGCCACUUAUACGUAACUGUACCUCUUUGGUUAGGUUACGUUAAUGACACUUUCUCCGCUGUACACAAAGACGAAAGCGAAGAUUUCCAUGAACACCUUUAACAAACAGAAUGCAGACAUACAAUUUACCAAGGAGAUUGAAAAAAUGGUAAAAUACCUUUUCUAGACUGCUUGGUCACUUGUGACAACAAACAAAUGACAUUUUACAGAAAACCGACACAUACCGACAGAUUACUAGAACAGUCAUUUCAUAACCUGACCUCUCUCAAGGCUACAACUAUACAGAUUUUGACGAGACGAGCACAAUUAGUUUGUGACUCGCCUGACAGCCUUCAAGAUGAGACUGACUACCUAUACAACCUUUUUUGUAGAAACAACUACAAUGCAGACUUUGUCAGACAAAACACUCAUAAUAACAUUGGACCAGUGUCAACUCUGGCCCUGUUAUAACAGCGACUAUACCAUACAUCAGAGGCACCUCUGAAACUAUUGCACUUAUACUACAAACUUGCAAUGUCUGUGUUGCACACAAACCUACAUGUAUAACCACUUUCAACGACUACUUACUAAUGUCAAGGACCAAGAUAAACCAGAGGACAGACAGGGAGUAGUAUACAAGAUUGAAAUGCUGUGACUGCCAGGCCACUUACAUGGGUGAAACUGAGAGAGACCUUAGCAUGUGACUGACUGAACACAAAUGAGUGACAAGAAAUGGUGAUAUUAACAAUCACAUUGCUGAACACCAUUUACAGACGAAACAUCAAAUCGGCUGGGACUCUGCCUCAUGUGUUGUACAGACUACUAUCAAUGACUCACUUUAGAAAGUUAGAACAAACUUAGAACAAAUGCCACUGAAUCAUAGUCGAUUCUCAUGAUGUACUGCAGGUCCCCAAAUUGUUGGGAGUUGUUGCUUCCAUUUGAACACCAAUGCCAACACAGAUGCAACAACUCCCAACAUUGUUGGCCCAACAGUAUUGGGAGUUGUUGUGUCCGUUUGCACAUAGCUUUAUGAUAAUGAUAAUAAUAAUAAUAAUAAUAAUAAUAAUAAUAAUAGUAAUAGUAAUAAUAAUAAUAAUAAUAAUAAUAAUAAUAAUAAUAAUAAGUAAUGGUAACAGGACUGAGUGGAGUACAAUUCAGUCUGUAAUCAUACGAGUGAUUAAUAAAAUCGGAUGACCACGUAGUGGGAGUCCAAUUUGUUUAAUGACAAGUAUGAUUACAGACGAAAUUGGACAACAUGAAGUUCUGUUACCAAUUUAUCGUAACUUUAACAAAAUUUGUGAUAAAUAAGGCUCUUUUUUUAAUUCAAAAAGAAGAAAUGCCAUUUGUUUGCUAUCAGUAAAAGAAAAGCCAUUUAAUCUUCCAAUUGAUGGCGUGUACUGUCCAAUUACUUAGACAUGACACAUAUUGCCCUAUUAAAUUGUCCUAUUAAGGCUGAAAUCAGGGCAGUUGGUAGCCAAUCAGAUUUGAGAAUUUUGUUAUAGUUUAUGAUCAUCAUAAUAAUAAUAACAGUAAUAGUAAUAAUAUUCUUGUUGUUGCAGAUCAAAGUGUUUGAAGCUAGCCACCCUUUGUCUGUAGAAUGCACAAACCUCAGACAGCAGAUGGAUUCCUUAGCUCAUGAUCUUCACACCAGAGAUGAAGAAGUUGCUGUUUAUUGCAAAGUAAAGUGAAACAAAGCUUGCCUUCUUUACAACACAGACACCCAGAUAGUCAUGUAAAUGAAGCCUAAAAGCAGAGCUACCCUCAUGAAGAAGCAACAGAGCAAAUUAGGGGGAUUUAGAACAAGUUCAUGUUACAAAGCUAGGGCAUGCCAUCUGCUGUUGCAUUGUGUUAUGUUGGUGUUCCUGUGUAGGGUUGGGAUUGCCAUUCAAACGAAGAUGUCCAGACUUUUCAGACAUACCUUUUUUUGGAUAGGAUGCUAUUGGUGCAUGUUAUUUGAAUAUCAAAUAUAGAUGGUUUCCAUGCUGAACUUCCUGCCACUGCAAAAAAAAAAUUGGGAAAGUUCAGUCCAGUGAGAGUUCUCUUAAAAGAUUGUAUAACUCAACACAUGGCUAAUCUAAAUAGGUAAAUGUUAACUUAAAAUUAAUGCUAUGAAAUUACCACUUUUAAAUCCAGGAAGCUGAAGAUGAGAGGAUGGGGCGCAUGGAGAUGGAACAAAGAGUACAAAAACUGUCAAUUCAACUUGAAAAGUUACAGUCACAAGUUAAUCAGGGCGAUUAUAGGAUCUCUAAUUUUGAUCAUGUGAGAAGGUGAAGAAUGUAAAAUAAGUGAGCUUGUUCUCUUGCUUUAUUUUCAAUAAAAGUAAUUAUAAUAAUUUUAAUAUUAUUGUAUUGCAAGGGUUGAUUUCUGGUGUGCAUGUACAUGGGCUUUAUUCUUUGAUUAAAAGUGGCUAGUAGUUGACUCUCAGGGUUCUCAUUAAGUGCUGGCAGCCGGCUAAAAAAACGGCUACUUGGAAGUUUGAGCUGUCUACUUUCUGGGGAAAUAGGGUAAAGUGAGAGAGUGAAAGCCUGAAAUUCUCUACAAAACUCCAUUGGCAAGCUGCCUACUUUUACAUCCUAGCUGUCCACUUUGAAACUUAAUGAGAAGCCUGGACUCUAGGGAAGUGCUCUGUACAUACUUGGUGGUGAUCAGAAGUAUGAACCUGGUUUAUUGGCCUUUCAUGGCUUGUUGCAUGCAAAUAAAUGAAUGAUAUGCAUUCUUCAUUAAUUUUAAUAGUGAACGUGACAGUUUGGAUAGAGAUGUGGUGGAGCUGAAGAAAAGCAAUACCCUGUUAGAUGCUGCCCUGAAAGCAAAAUCCGACAGUUUAAUUGAUUUACAAAAGGAGGUACAUGUAUACAGAAGCAGAGUACCAUAUUCAUGAUAAUUUUAUAUAUUUCCAUCCUGUAACUUGGUGAAACAAUGACAGGGUUCUAUCUAGGGUAUUUGAGGGGUAGAAGCUUCCCCCCCCCCCAAAAAAAAAAAUAUUAUUAUCAUUACAGUAUAUAAGUAACUAUAUCGAAAAAAUCAUCAAGACGUGACGAGGUUAGUGCACACACUGUAACAUUCCUCAAAAUUGUGUCUCAAAAUGCACCAGAUUGCAUCUCAGUGCAUAUUCAUUACAAAACAUUUCUGGGGGUGGGGGGAGUUUGUCGCCUUCGGCCACUCAGGACUUCUCCCCCAAAUGAUAAAUCCUAGAUAGAACCCUGCCUGAAUUUGACAUCCAUCAAGGAUUAAUAUUAAACCUCAAGUUAUUACACAUCAUGUCCAAUACUCACCACUUGUUCAAGUCGUAAAACCUAAGACUCAAGUGGUAUGAGUUGUUAAGUUGUGCGAUUGGUUCAAGUGAUGAAUGUGAUACGUUUGAGUGAAAUUAGAAAUUAAGUGUAGUAGCCUAACAGUUUUUCAAGGUUUGUUUUUGUUGUGUUAAACAUUAAUUUUAGAUAUAUGUUGUAGUUAAUUUUUUAUCUCAGGUAAUUUUUCUUUUUCUUUUGUUUUUGGUUAUGGUAAUGCUUAAUAGAAAGUGUAAAAAGUUGUAAUAUUUUGUAUUUAUUAGUUAAUGCNAUAGUGAACGUGACAGUUUGGAUAGAGAUGUGGUGGAGCUGAAGAAAAGCAAUACCCUGUUAGAUGCUGCCCUGAAAGCAAAAUCCGACAGUUUAAUUGAUUUACAAAAGGAGGUACAUGUAUACAGAAGCAGAGUACCAUAUUCAUGAUAAUUUUAUAUAUUUCCAUCCUGUAACUUGGUGAAACAAUGACAGGGUUCUAUCUAGGGUAUUUGAGGGGUAGAAGCUUCCCCCCCCCCCAAAAAAAAAAAUAUUGUUAUCAUUACAGUAUAUAAGUAACUAUAUCGAAAAAAUCAUCAAGACGUGACGAGGUUAGUGCACACACUGUAACAUUCUUCAAAAUUGUGUCUCAAAAUGCACCAGAUUGCAUCUCAGUGCAUAUUCAUUUCAAAAAAUUUCUGGGGGUGGGGGAAGCUUGUCGCCUUCGGCCACUCAGGACUUCUCUCCCAAAUGAUAAACCCUAGAUAGAACCCUGCCUGAAUUUGACAUCCAUCAAGGAUUAAUAUUAAACUCGAGUUAUUGCACAUCAUGUCCAAUACUCACCACUUGUUCAAGUCGUAAAACCUAAGACUCAAGUGGUAUGAGUUGUUAAGUUGUGCGAUUGGUUCAAGUGAUGAAUGUGAUACGUUUGAGUGAAAUUAGAAAUUAAGUGUAGUAGCCUAACAGUUUUUCAAGGUUUGUUUUUGUUGUGUUAAACAUUAAUUUUAGAUAUAUGUUGUAGUUAAUUUUUUAUCUCAGGUAAUUUUUCUUUUUCUUUUGUUUUUGGUUAUGGUAAUGCUUAAUAGAAAGUGUAAAAAGUUGUAAUAUUUUGUAUUUAUUAGUUAAUGCUUGGGAAGUAUAAAAAUUUGGUGGAUGAGAAGCUGUACUUUUGGCUAAAGCCUGGCAAGCCUAAAGCAUAAGCAUAAGCAUAAGCAUAGGGACAUGACACCCGUAGAAUGGCAUAUUUGACCCAAUUCUCGAUACCAGCUCUGCUCAUCCUGAUGAUAAACAAGAUAGCGGAUGCUUCAUUCGCCAUAUUGCUUUUGAUAUGUUCAAAUGAGCAUACAUGCCAACUCUCUCGGAAAGGGCGCCAAUCUUCCGCUCUCCCACAUGGGUCACCAUAUCUCCCGGAUAAAAUCAUCUUUUGAGCUUUUCUGUGCCUUAGUUUGAGAUUUAGCCAAUUUUUAGCUCAAAACUUGAAUUUUUCUUAUUCACAGUACAGUUUCUGGGGCAUUUUUGCACGUAUUUAGUCACUGACAAUGAUUAUUUCUGGCAUCAAAACAAUGAUUGCAAAUUUUGAUAGUAUGUACUUCAUGUAAGACCUCAAUCAUUCCAUUGGGGGCUGGGUCAAUUUGUCGGGGGGUUGGGGAGGGGGAGUGAAAAAAAGAUAGUCUCUAGCUUUUAGAUCUUCAGAGGUUGGCAUCUCUGCAUGAGGUCUGGGUCAAAGUGGCCUAUGAUUGGACCACGGCCUUGUGCUUUUGCUUGUGCUUAUGUCGACCCCAUUUUUACUAGUCAAAGCUACGACAUAAGCGUAAGUACAAGCACUAAAAAAACUAACUUGUCCAUUUUUCUUGUGCUUAUACUUAUGCUUAUGUCGACCCAGUUUUCACUUGCUUACACAUGUGCUUGUGCUUAUGGCUAUGCGCUAGUGAAAACCAGGCUUAAUUGCCAAUAUUAACAAGAUGAAAUAGACAGCCAUUAUGCACCCCCUGUUAAGGAGUUGACAUUGUAUGCCCGAUAAUUCUUUAUGUUUAGUUGCAUGCCAGUCAACAGACAGUAUCCUUGCUGAAACAAGACAAAGAGUACAUGAACAGGCAACUGCAGGAGAUUAGAGGCAGAUGCACAUUAGCAGAGGAGCGACUGGAGCAGUCAUCAAAACAGCUUGAAGAAACAAAACAGGCCAGAGAGGAACUUUAUGACAAGUACAUCAGUGUUAGAGAACAGUACAAGUCAGAAUAUGAGUUGAGAUUAAAAACUGAAUUGGAUGAUAUUAAAGAAAAGACCUCCAUUGAACUGGACAGGAUAAGGGUUGAUACUAAAGAGAUGUUUGAAAGAGAAAAUAGGUAAGUGACCUGAAGGUGAGAGGAUGACUAAGCACUCAGGUUUAUUAUAGUGACAGGCACUGGACGAAAUAAUAAUUUUUGCACAAAUGUGCCCCUUGCAAAUAUUUUGCAAAUGUGUAAAUACUGAAGAGUAAUUAUAUGGCAAAGAUGGUAAAUGCCACAUUUGCAUACCAAAAAAAAAAAAAAAACAGGAGAUGUAAAUAACUAGGGAAAUGUGGCAUUUACCAUGUUUUCCAUAUAUUAUUAUCCUCAGUAUUUAUAUUUGCAAGGAGCAAAUUUGUGCACAUCCAUUUUUUCGUCCCAUGAGGGAGAUGCAAAUAGGGUCAAAUAUUUGUACCCAAAUCAAAGUAAUAUUAACUUGCUUAAGUUAACUGAAUAGGACUGUCUAGUUAUGAGUAGCAUCUAUGGAGUCUCUUUUUAUCCAAGGAAAUUAAAACCAUCCUGCUGGAUAUAUAUCGAACAUCACUAGGAUUUUUUUCUCAAAUCUUUGUUAUUUGUUUUUGUUGUAGGAAUCUUCGAGAAGCAAGAGACAAUGCCCUGGAGGAAAAGGAACGCGCUUGUGUCAAUGAGAAAGAAACAACCUCAAAAUAUGAUCUACUUCAAUCUGAGUAAGAACUUUACGACAUGUAAAGGGGUUUCUUUGCAUUUGCAUGAUUCUUUUCUCUGUGUUAUCAUAUAUUUGUAGAAACCAUUAUUGUGUUGAGAAAGAUGUUGGAUGGUUCGAUGGGUGUAGCCAGCAAUUUUCACACAACAUACUUUAUCACAGAAUAUACUUUAUCAAUCACUGUGGUCUGACUUGUGAUGAACGGUUCACUCAGCUAGCAUUUCAGCAAGAAGGAGGUGCCUUGGAUGCGUCUGUGUAAAAAAGAUGUGAUUGUUGAACUUACGUCAAGAGCCUACUGUAACAGAUGUUUAUUAGAGUAGCCUGCAUGACAGGUGCUGUAUGGGCCAAGUGAGUCUAACGGGGCUUUUCCACGAAGCGCGAGAAGAGUGCAGACUUUGAGAUGAUCGAGGGGAUUUCGCUAAUGUAAUUGGCAACUUAGUAGAAAGAACUGACGGUCACUUUCUGCCAUGGCAUCAGCUGCAUGGCUCAACUUGAUACUGAAGUGGCUUGUAAUACUGAAAGGCAUAGUGUGAUGUGGGUAUAGUGACGAUGAAUUAUUUGAAUACCACAUUUAACAGGCUGUUCACCUUGCUAUUGCUGUCGGUGUCCCAGUUCCAGGUAAUUUCCUCAAAUUGAUUUGCAAACGGCUGGUUAAGGGUCUUAAGGCUGGUUUUCACUAGUGAUGGAAUCAUAAGCAGAGUCAUAAGACUGGUUAUGACCUUAACUUCUGAAAAUCAAAAAUCAGAGUCAUAAGCAAAGUCAUAUGCAUGACAGAAUUAGAGUCUUCCGACUUUGCUCUCCGUCACUUACAGUCCAGUAAAAACCAGAUUGUCAGAGUCGGAAGGAUGAACCAAUCACAAUGUGAUUGGUUUAGUUCUACUGCUUCUGCUUGCAAUCUUGACAGCCCAGUUUUCACUUGAUCAUAAAUGAUAGAGUCAUGAGCGAAAUCACAACACUGUGUUUUCACUAGAUCUUUAUUCACGGUUCUAAUUAUGACUUUGACUAUGCACCAGUGAAAACCAGCCUUUGCCUGACAAAGCUUCUGCUCUCAGCACUGAUGGUAGAAUGAAAAGGAAACUUCAUGCUCUUCAUGGCCUUCAACUGGCACCGUGUUUCACAUUAGCUGAGCAAUGUUGUCUUGCAGACCUCUUGCUGAUCUUCAUUAUCAUAAUAACAUUGUAACCCUUGAUAUAGUAUGUGAUGCCUUUCUGAUUUUUUUGUUUUCUUUGCUUGAAAUAUAGCCAGUUUCAUAGCCCAAAGAGGGGUUCUGGAAGCCCGGCCUAGAACCCUCCCCUGGCUAUGCCACCGUUCGGUACAUGAAAAGAUUGACGUUUGAACUGGGCUUUAGCUACAGGAGACUGGUGGGAGCUAUGACCACUAUAAAAUCUAGCGUUAUUAAUGUGUUGCUUUUUACUUUGUUGUAGAUUUCGACAGUUACAACUCUCUGCUGACAGCAGACAGUCUGAUCUGCAGAAAGAGAUAAAUGUCAAACAGUUUGAGUUAGAGAAAAUGCAAAUGAUCCUUGAUGAGACAACCAGCAAUCUACGUCAGGCAAAACUAGAGGCUGAAAAAUAUCAGAGCAAGAGUGAAGUAUGAUUAUCAUCACAAUUAUGAUUGUCAGUUAGAACUUGUCAUGAAUCUAUUGUAUAAAUGACAUUAUGGACAGCCAGCCUGUCAAAGUGUACUAGUAAUUUACCCACAUUAGUAAUUUUCCAAAGUAAUAUUGGCAUUGUGGCAUUUGUGUUAUUCUGGAGUUUUCCACCUUUCCUUCUGGGGACCCAUGCUUCUUGUUGCCUUUGUUAAACAAUAAAUGGAUCAAGUCUAAAAAUGAAUGUGAUCUCAGUCAUACUUGUCAUCAAAAUGUGGAACCAUUUAUAGGCAAACAACCCGAGAGGCAGCCCUCAUCUUUCCUCCAGAUGUUGAACAAAGGGGCUUACUUAAAUUAAAUGGGGAUCCUGUGCCAUAGAACUGACAAAAAUUACUGUCAGACCCUUGAUGACAAAUCGUGUUUCCUUGGAUGGCAUUUCUCAUUUUGAGGUUUCAUCAAAGAAGUUUGACAGUUAAGCUUCAUGUUGCAGAAACUGGCCAGUUUCCGAGUCUGAAACAUUGAAUUGUCCACUGUUAAUUCAACUAGAUUUUUUUUCUCUCUCAUCUAAUUCUUACAUUUAUUUUAGCACUCCUAAUUCGUGUUACCUUGAUUGCAAUAGUAGUUUCAUAUGUUUGCAUUUCAGGUAUUAAGUAAGGAAUACUAUUCUCUAAAAAAUUCUUCUGAAAGAAGACUUGUUGAAUUGGAAUUAAAGUGUAAGGAACAGGGUGACAAGCUGGCAGUCUAUGAAAAGCUGGAGCAAGAACUGGAUGAUGUUAUCAUGCAAGCUGCAGAAAGUACGAAUUUGAGAAAUUCUGUAUUAUUUUUCAGUUAUUGAAAGUAUGCUCCAUAAGUGUAUUAAUAAUACUGACAAUAAAUUUUAGUCAUGGAAUUCCAGUGUUGUAGAGUCCAGGCUAAUAAGAAGAAGUGAUCUCUUUUGCAAAUUACUCUUCUCUAAUAUUUUUUUGGGACAAAUGGCUCACCAUUCUACAUCUUACUGUAUGUACAUUGUUUUCUCAAUAUGGGUUUGGGAUUUUAGGGCCUGCAAACAUUAAAUCAUAUUGACAAUAGAAACAUGCUGUAAGUAGGUUGAGUAUGAUUGUCCGGGUGAACAUAGUCCUGAAUAGGACUGUUGUUGUUUGGACAACCUGUGCGGUAUGCGGUAUAGUCAUCUUCAGAGUCAGAGUGAGUUGUGUCAAUACCAUCAACUGUUGUGAUACAACUCACUUUGACUCUGAAGAUGACGACUGCUCAGGUUGUCGAAAUGUCACUGUCAACAACAACAGUCCUAUUCAGGACUACAUUCACCCGGACAAUCAAACCCAACCCACUUAAGAAAUGACUCCUGGGCUCAAACCUUUCACAGAAACAUGCAGUUCGGAGCAAAAAUCAGAAGCAGAAUCAUGUAACUGAUCAUUAAUAAGCGUGUGGUGCAAAAACUGUCCAGAAUUGAUAUAAGAAUUCCCAUUAAAUACUAUGCAUUACACAUUGCAAUGGAAAAUAUCACAAAAUAAUGCAUUUUUACAAUCUACAAUCUUUGCAUAAAAUACUUGAAACACCUAUGCACAUCCCUUUCCCUAUGCAGUGUUGAGAUGUGAUUGCAAAGUUAUGUGACUACAACAACAUUGCAAAAGGGAGGGAGGAAAUGAAACCGAGUAGAAUUCUCCAAAGUGUUUUAAGGUUUUUGUCUGAGAUUGUAAAUAGUCAUGGCAAUUCACAUCCUGUUAAUCUUGAAUUGUCUUUAAGUUGAGAAUGAAUCAGAUGCUGAAAGAGUUCUAUUUUCCUAUGGUUAUGGUGCUAACGUACCAAGCACAGCCAAGAGGAGAAUGCAACAGAGGUAA